AGAGAUCCGGGCUACGCCACCAUCCGUGCACUAGACACACCACUCCACGAACAUACAUCAACACUUGCAGAAACACCCUCAUGUUUGUCCCACACACACCAAGCCAGUGACUCAUGGCUCCAGACAUCCCAAACAAGCACACAAUAUCCCUUAGAUAGCAGUAGGCUUCACCGGAGAUUAAGUCUUCCAGAAGAGCAGCCAUCUGCAAUCCCAGACCCGGCAUGUACAACAAGUCUGCAGCAGCCAGCUCCACAGACCAGCAGGAUUGUUAUCACAACAAAGUAUGCAGAUCCCUUAAGCUCGUUUGUUAAAGAAGUGGAUGUAGGCAAUACAGUUAUUUGUUAUGUUCCUCGCAAUGUUGUAUUCAAUGAACCUCCAAACUUAUUUAGUACUCAGAAAACUAUUAUUAAUUCAAUGUGUUACCAAACCGACGUCAACUUUUCUAUGGCUCUUCUGUGUAAGCCACAGCAGCUCCCGGAAAAUUGUCUCACAGUUUGGACUGUUGAUGACCGAAUCAGACGACAUGCGAUGUGGAGUAGCCCGGAGUUCUUAUAUUCAAGAAAUGAAGAGCCCAAGAUGAGUAUGAAGACACCCUGGUUUCUAGGGAAAAGUGUUAUGCGUGAGCGACCAGACGGGCGCCUGUCAUACCCUACUUCAAGAGGACCUGUCAGUGUGUCAGGGGUGUAUCAGCCCACAAAAUCAGGUUUCAAAAAGUACCAGGGGAGGGUGCCAUCCAUAGUAGCCCUCCUGACCAGCCAUGCUAAGAGUCACCAUAAACUUGCUCAAAAGAAUGUUAGGCAACAUGAUGUUGAGUUUCCUAUGCCAAAGAUCUUCCAGACCAGCCAUUCUGGGAUGGAGAAGGAAUUCUGGCAGCAGAAAAGGUUUACCCCUGUAUCUCAAGAGAUACAUAAAGCUAUGGCAAGAGAAGGCAGACAGUGGCAGUACGAUCCAUAUUCGUUGAGAAGUCAGUCACGGGAGGAAACUGUGAAUCCAGUUUUACUGAAAAUGGAUAACAUAAACAAGGGGAAGAAACUGGGUUUUAGUUAUCAUCUGGAUCCCCCAACAGGGUUGUAUCAAAUGAAUCGCUCCUCAAUGCUUAAUCUUCCACCACCGCCACAGAUGCCUCUACCACCUGUUCCUGAGAUUGAUGACCCUGCUGUGCCUGGUCCAUCGACGAGACGUGAUUCAUAUCCAUCAAGGCCAGGAAGACCACCUGUUCCGUGGAAGGAUCUACCAGAGCCAAGUAGAAUGUCAGGAAGAUAUUAUGAGAUGUCUAAACCUGUUCCAUACAGGGCACAGAGACUGUCAGAGUCUGUAACUUUCAUAAAUCCAUACACGCAAAGACCAGAUGGCGAAUUUUCCUCAGUGGAGGAUAGGGCAAGUCACUCAGUUUUAACCCCACACUCAGAGAGACAAAGGAGGGAAUCGACCACUCUCUUUUUUCCAGAAGAAGUCAUCAAGCCUCAUCAUUUAAACACACAGAAACUUUCUGCUGUGUUAGUUUUGUCUAUGUUUGUUGUUGCUCUCUUGAUAUUCUAUUUAGUUUAUUUUAUUUAGUAUUUCAUUUUCUUGGUUGUACUUUUUCUUUUGUUAAAAUUACUCCUUUUUUGUAGUUUUCAGUUACUGCAUUGAUUAGAUAAAAUCAGAGCUGUUGUGAAGGAGCUUAUAUAGACUGUGCUGUAGCUUACAUGACGAAAUAUAUGUGUUUAAGUGGAUGAAAGCAGAUUACUUGUUGCAAAGAUCAUGUCAGGAAUAAAAUUAUAUUACUAUGAAUGAUAUUCUGUUUUCAACUCACUAAAACAUGACUGCUAUGCAUACUGUACAUCUUUAAUAUGUAGUGAAGUGUUGUCCUACAUAGUUUACUGCUAUCACCCAAGAUGUGCUCAUGCAAAUGUAGUUAUUGCAUGUUGUAUUGUACUCUAUACUUGAUAGUUCUAGUAUCCUACUCCAUGUGUCUCCUAUAAUUAGUUUCCAUAUAUUGUUAAUUCAUAUAAUACAGAGUGUUGCUUCAUGCAUUAGGAUGUGUUGUUUUGAUAUUUAUAGGUUAUAUGCAUAGUUUAAUUAAUGUUUAUAUAUUUUCUUGAUGCUUGAUUAAAUAAAAAUUUGCUUGAAA